AUGUGCACAGAAAAUUUCCGUUUCUACAUCAAAGCGGCUACUGCACUUAAUAUCCAAGCAAAGAUUAUUUUUGAUGAAUUGUAUUCUGUCUAUGGUGAUCAAGCUCCUUCUUUCAGAACAACGAAGAGAUGGUCCAAGCUGUUUCGUGAAGGUCGAGAAGAACUUAAAGAUGAACCGCGAUCCGGUAGACCAGCCACUGAAACAACACCUGAAAAUAUCGAACAGAUUCGCCUUCUUGUCAACGAUGAUCCUUAUCUUACAAUCGAAGAACUGCAAGAGCAAACCAAUUUAAGCAAUGGUACGAUUCAUCGAAUCCUCACAACUCACUUGAACGUCAGAAAGGUCACUGCACGGUAUGUACCAAAAGAUCCCACCGAUGCGCAGCGAGCAGAACGAGUUCGAAUAUGUGAAGAAAACUUACAAAAAGUUCAGCAGGAAACAUGGCGUUUAUGUGAUAUCAUGACUGGCGACGAGUCAAGAGGAGAUCCUCCACCAACUGUAGCUCGACAAAGCAGGUAUGCGCCAAGGACCUUAUUAGCCAUCUUUUUCCAAUCGAAUGGUCCUCUACUCAUUCAUCGUUUGGAACGAGGGCAAACUACCGAUCACGAAUACUACAUCGACAACCGUUUACGUCCUGUCGUCGAUGAAAUUAAGCGCCAAAGACCUUCAUACGGAACUCGUGGCAUGAAAAUUCAUCAUGAUAAUGAAGAACCACAUGUUCAUUAA